UCUCUCUCUAAAACUCUCUCUUUCCAAUCCUUUGCCAUAGCAAGAACCCACUCCCACCUCCUCCUCUCCACCAUGUCCAUUAACAUGAACUCCCAUGCCUUUGCAGGCAACCCCAUAAGAUCCAAGACCCCUAAACCAACUGACCCCUUUUCACCCAACUCUGCCCUUCAAACCCUUAAAACCAUCCUUUUAGGGCACACCCAUGAACCUUCUUCCCCUAAUUUUAAGGUACUUCCCUUCAGAAAGGGCAGGCCUUUGGCAGGAACAGCCGAUUCGAUCAAUUCCGCGCCGAAUUGGCAUCUGGGUUGGUUGAGUUUGGAUGAUUGUAAAGCUUUUUUGGAGAAUUCUGAGGUUAAUUUGAGUGAAGACUUGUUGGUUUACUUGGGUUCGAAGUCGGAGGAGGAUGUGGUUUAUUGGGCAAUUGAUGUGUCCGAGGUUGAUAGUCUGGUGAAUGAAUUGGGGAGUAGACAGUUGUGCUUUGUUGAGCUGAGGACUUUGAUGGUCGCCACUGAUUGGAGCGAUGAUCGAGCUAUGGGUGAUCUCGCUGUUGCUGGUCAUGCUAGGGCAUUGCUAGAAUGGCGCAACAUAUCACGUUUUUGUGGACAUUGUGGAGAAAAAACAGUUCCCAAGGAGGCUGGGAGACGGAAGCAGUGCUCAAAUGAGUUAUGCAAAAAGAGGAUUUACCCUCGAGUUGAUCCGGUUGUCAUUAUGUUAGUAAUAGAUAAAGAGAAUGACCGUGCACUUCUAAGUAAACAGUCAAGAUUUGUGCCACGCAUGUGGAGCUGCCUUGCUGGUUUUAUUGAGCCUGGAGAAAGCUUAGAAGAGGCAGUGAGGAGAGAAACAUGGGAGGAGACUGGCAUUGAAGUUGGAGAAGUUAAAUAUCACAGUUCACAGCCAUGGCCUGUUGGACCCAACAGCAUGCCAUGCCAAUUAAUGGUGGGGUUCUUUGCAUAUGCUAAAUCACUUGAAAUUAGCGUGGACAAGGAAGAGUUGGAAGAUGCCAAGUGGCACAGUAGGAAAGAUGUGAAGAAAGCAUUGACAUUUGCCGAGUACAAGAAAGCACAAACAACAGCGGCAGCCAAGGUAGCUCAGAUGUGCAAAGGAGUGGAAAAAGGACAGAACAUUGCUACUGACUUCAAUGUGGAAAGUGGUGACCUUGCUCCAAUGUUUGUCCCUGGGCCCUUCGCAAUUGCUCAUCAUCUCAUCACCACAUGGGUUUACCAGGACGAGUUGAAAGGUGUUGAAGCCCAAUUGAAGCAACCUAGUGGCUCUCUCUCUAAUUUGUAGCAGCUGUUCUACUUGUAAGGCAGCUUUAAAUCCUUCAUCAUUGUUUAUGGGUUUAUACUCUAUUUGAUUUCCAAAGAUCAGCAUCUUUUUUAUUUUUUAUUUUUUGAAGAUUGUAAUGGGUUGUUUUGGUGAAUUUUGCUAUCAUCCCUUUACAAAUUCUAGAAUCCUCCAAAAUUAUGGGAAGCACCCCCUUUAGCAGUCUCACACACGAUAUAUGGUUCGAUGUAAGAAUAGUUUUUCAACACUAAAUAAUUUUGCCCUUCUGUAACUAAAUAUUUGAGAUUGCUACAUUUUUUCACUUUGUAUAUCACAUCAUUUUGUGUAUC